CUUGGAAGUUUGACUGAAUAAAUUAUUCCUGGACUUUUGAAUUAUUAAUCUUGUCUGCAUGAUAUGCAAAUUAGACUUCACUAUGUCCAGCGUCACAGCAUUGGGUUGGAGGCUGUAUCAAGUUGCUGGCAAAGAAUUUCUGUCAAGGGAACAGGGCCUUCCUACGGAAUGGCGUGGAACACGUCUUGCCCAAAUUGGCUGGCGGCAGAGGCUGCCCUGGAAAAGUACUACCUUUCCAUUUUUUAUGGGAUCGAGUUUGCUGUGGGACUCCUUGGGAAUAGUGCUGUUGUUUUUGGCUACCUCUUCUGUCUGAAGAAUUGGAAUAGCAGUAAUGUUUAUCUCUUUAACCUUUCUAUCUCAGACUUGGCUUUUUUGUGCACGCUUCCCAUGCUGAUUAGAAGUUAUUCUCAUGGCAAGUGGGUAUAUGGGGACAUGCUCUGUAUAAGUAACCGAUAUGUGCUUCAUGCCAAUCUCUACAGCAGCAUUCUUUUUCUCACUUUUAUCAGCAUUGAUCGAUACCUGCUCAUGAAGUAUCCUUUCCGGGAACACUUUCUGCAAAAGAAGGAGUUUGCUGUUUUAAUGUCUUUGGCUAUUUGGGUUUUAGUAACCUUAGAGCUACUGCCCAUACUUCCUCUUAUAAAUCCUAAUAUAGCUGUCAAUGGCACCAACUGUAUUGAUUAUGCAAGUUCUGGGGACCCCCAAAACAGCCUCAUUUAUAGCAUGUGUCUAACGUUCUUGGGAUUCGUCAUUCCUCUUUUGGUGAUGUGCUUCUUUUAUUUCAAGAUUGCGCUUUUCCUAAAGCAGAGGAGCAGGCAGCUUGCUACUGCUUUGCCCCUUGAAAAGCCUCUCACCUUAGUCAUCAUGGCAGUUGUGAUCUUCUCCGUGCUUUUUACUCCCUACCACAUCAUGCGGAACGUGAGGAUCGCUUCACGCCUGGAGAAGUGGAGGAAAUACCAAUGCGUUCAGGCCGCCAUCAACUCCUUCUAUAUUGUGACUCGGCCUUUGGCCUUUCUGAACAGUACCAUCAACCCCGUCUUCUAUUUCCUUAUGGGAGAUCACUUCAGGGAGAUGUUGAUGAGUAAACUGAGGCACCAAUUCAAAUCCCUUACAUCCAUUAGAAGAUGAGGUCUUGGACUGAUGUUUCCAUGCAGGGAAAAGUGAGAUGCUUGUGUAACAGAGUAUUUUAUAUGUGCAGCUGUAGGCCAGUUACAGUUUGGUUCAACUCACAGAUGUAAAUUAGAGAGGGACAGACCUGACACUGCUUUAAGGACACGUUGUGUGUGGAGUAUGUGAAAAGAAGAAAAUGGGAAGUAUUUAUUGGUUUCUUCACCUAAGAACUGAAAGGAGUUGGACUGGCAUUGUCUAAUGUUUGAGCAUGGAAGUCCAAAACCCUAGGUGUCCUAAGACUUUCUCAAUCAGUGUAAAAGGAAUAGCAGAUAGAUAAAGCAUCAAAUAGUCUGUAUUUAAUCACUGGUCAGAUUGUAAAAAAAAAAAAAAUGUGUUGGCAA